AUUUUUGAACUUUGAACUUGGGAGGAGUCGCUAGCCUCGGCGGUGUUUGACAGGUUUGCGGAUAGGCAAAGAAUGAGCAUUUACAAGGAUUUGGACUUCAUUUCAGGGAGGGCGAAGGCUGUCAGUCAUCAUGGCCACUUCGAAAGCCUAUUUUAGUGAGCGAGCCCUUCGUGAUGAACCUGCAAUAGGUGCUUUUCUGAGACGAUUUGCUGGCGAGGUGGCUAACGUUAGCUAGCCUAAUAACAUCCGGCUUUACCUUUCAAUAAGAUGAUUAACGGUAGAUUAAUGAUUAAGCGCUAUCUAUUUUUCCAAAGCAAUGGCUGCAGACCUGCAAUCCAAAUACACCAAAUUGGCCCAGGAGUAUUCUAAGCUCCGGGCCCAGAACCAAGUCUUGAAGAAGGGCGUGGUAGAUGAGCAGGCUAGCUCCACCUCUCUGAAGGAGCAGAUGAAGCAGCGAGAGCAGAGCCUGAGGAAGGUGGAGCAGGAGAUGGACAGUCUCUCCUUCAGGAACCAGCAGCUGGCUAAGAGAGUAGAGCUGCUGCAGGAGGAACUGGCUACCAGCCAAGCCAAGGGCCAGAAGAGCAAGAACAAAGAGGACUCCCCCUCCCAGCAGGGCUUGCAGCUGAAGGUCCAGUUGGAGGAGCUGGAGAGAGACCACGAACAGCACCAGGCCAUAGUGGACGGACUCACCUCCAAAUACAUGGACACUAUAGAGAGACUGCAGAGUGCCCAGGCUAGACUAGAGGUGAAAUCCCAGACUCUGGAGAGGGAAUCUAAUGAGUGCAGAGUUCAGACAGAGGAAUGUCAGCAGCAGUUGAGGAAGUGUCAGUCAGAGCUCAACAGACAGGUGAAACAGAGCAGUUGUGUCAUCCAGGAGAAAGUGCCCUUCAACGACACCAAAUUCAGUGACUACAACAGCCUCAAUGUUCCACCACACAACAAAAGACACCAGUUGAAGGCCCGAGAUGUGGCAGGUCAGGCCUUAGGCUUCGUCCAGGACAUGGUGGUGGCUCUGUUAAACUUCCACUCCUACACAGAGCAGAGGGUGCACAUCUACCCCCUGGAUUCCUCUAUCGAACCCAUCUCACCACUCAACCAAAAGUUCUCCCAGUAUCUACAUGAGAAUGCAGCCUAUGUGCGCCCCCUGGAGGAAGGACUAGUGCAACUACACCAGAGCAUCACAGAGGACACAGUAACAGUACUGGAGACUGUGGGGAAACUGAAGGACUUUGCUGAUCAUUUCACAUCCUACACCCACUUUCUGCAGAAGAUUCUACCAUACCAGCUCAAAAGUCUGGAGGAAGAGUGCAGGGCUCCUUUGUGUACCUCCUCUCUCAUCUCUAAGAACCAGGAGCUGCAGAGUGGCAUGAAGAGAAUCACGUCAGUGUUCGACAAACUACACAGCUACAUCAUCCUACUGGCCUUACCUAGUGUUCGACGGGACGCCAUUCCCCAGAGCAGUUCCUCUGCUGUCUUCACCCAGCUGGCUGCCUGUCUACACAGUCUUCACGAUGCCGUCAAAGAGAUGUCUAAGCACUACAGCCAGAAGGCCGGUUUGGAACAGCAGUUGCCUACAGUCACUCAGAAGCUCUGCACCACUAACGAGUGUCUGCUGGCUUCCCUGGGCAUGCUCACCAACAGCACCGACAAGAUUGCGACGUUCUUCAGCAACAACCUGGAUUUCUUUACAUCUUCGACAGGCUAUGGUCCGAGAGGGGGGGUGGGGGUCCUCAACCCCCUGCAGGCAGAGAGCAUGCUGGGUAACAAGAAGAAGGCUUCUGACUACAUGCAGUCCAUCAGAAAGCCCAGAGCUGAGUCUGUUCCAUACAGAGAGGCCCUGUUGAACCGCCGUGUUCUAACCAGCUCUACAGAGAGCAGACAGGGACUCACACAACAGGUGGUGGCGAGCCAGGAGAAGAUAGCUCGUCUGGAGCAGGAGAAGGAGCACUGGCUGCUGGAGACCCAGCUGGGCAGGGUGAGGCUGGAGAAGGAGAGCCAACGCAUCCAGGACUUGGAGACACAGCUCUCCUCUGCCCUCGGAGGAGGAGGAGGCAGCCCAGCCUCAGCCCUCUCCCUGGGUCUGGGCAGACCAGCCCUCACCAGCCUGGAUGAUGGCGAGCUGGAGGAGAGAGGAGUGGGGAAGGACGCUAUGAUAAGCACCAGUCUGGUUGGCAUGUUGACCACAACUCCUACCAACGAGGAAGUGGGAGACGAGGAGUCCAGAGAACAGCUGAUUAAGACUCACUACAUGGCCAGAGUAGGAGAACUCACCACACAGCUACAGGUCUCUGACAGCAAGGCGGUUAACUUCCAUGCUGAGUGUCGAGCCCUGGUCAAGCGUCUGGCCUUGGCAGAGAAGUCACGGGAGACACUGACUGAGGAAGUGAAAUUGGCUAAUCAGAACAUCACACGUCUGCAGGAUGAGCUUGCCACGACCAAGAGGAGUUACAAGGAACAACUUAGUAUGAUGAGCGACCACCUGUGCAGCAUGAACGAGACUCUCAGCAAACAGAGAGAGGAGAUUGACAUACUCAAACUGAGCGGCAAGGGAAACUCCAAACUCCUAAAGAAGGGUCGGUAGGAAAUGAGUCCAUUGGGGAAACUGGGUUCCAUUUUGGAUCAGCAGCGCACCCUUAAUUGAGAGAAAGGCUGGACUAUGGAACCCCCACCCACUACAGCCCUGCCAGCUCCAUACCACCAAGAUGGAGGACCCUGUUAAACUUCUCCAUCAGAGGGAGGCUAUUGGGGAGGGGGGGGGGUUGUCUCUGAUACCACUCUGCUUAAAGGAAUUGUCUUUCUGAUUGACACAGAUAAUGACUUUACGUGUCAAGUGCUUCCCAGUGUGUGGCGGAAGCAGCUGCUUGACCCUUUGCACUUUGGUUUGGGGGAGGAAGUGGAAAAUGUAAAGGAAAGAUGAUAUAUUUUUCCUCCCCCCCACCAACUAGUCAGGUCAUGGAUGCUGACUAAAGGGAAUGAAGACCACCUGGCCCUGAUGGUUAGUGUGUCUCUUCUCUCUGUGCUAAACGUGGAAAUGACGGCGAUUUGACAUAUUAAUUAAUCAAAUUGCUCUUAAGUGGGAGAAGGAUAUCAUGUGAGCAAGUCAAGUGUUAAAUUGUGUGCCUGACUGGCUGUCUGGGUUGUCUUUGUCUAAUAGGGGGACUGUAGACUGUCAUGCCAGGCUUUGAGAGGGACUGCUAAUUAUUAUAACUUUUAUAUUUGGACUAUUUUUAGAUUCAAUGAAAGAUUAUUUGUGCAAAAUUGUGAUUUGAGGGACUAUGUUCAUUAUAUUUACCACAUUUUACUUGAAGGGCUGCCCCAGAUAAAAUGAAUCAAUGAGUGACAUUCAUUUGACAUCAGCCUUGGAUGCCCAGGCUUUGCUCUUUAGCGGAGGCCUAAGACCGAAGCUAGACACACACUUCCAUACAUUCCCUUAAAGCUGGAUUCCUUGACGGUGAAUCAGCCACAUCUGUUUGCGAUAUUACAACAACAAAGAAGUUAGGAUUUUUUUAUAUUUAAAAAUAAUAAUAAUUACAACGCUCCUCACCUCCGGUUUGUUAACAAAACAAGAACUGCCGUGGGGUGGACAGUAGCGCUGUUUCCCCUACUGAGAAUUCCAUCUUUAUCUAGAUGUCCCAUCUGUCCUCGAACGAAUGGAAGAAUCUGACAGAAUGACGAUGACAUGGAAUAGAUCUGACCCGAUUUCCCAAUCAAGUCUGACAUGACAGAUCUGUUCCACACGUUACAUUUCUAUUUGAACUAAAAAUGAUCUGUGAUGUUGCACAAGGUAGAGUUCAUAAAAUGGUGUCCGUCUGUGAUUUUUCUCUAGCAGUUGUAACACGAAAGUGUGUCUGGAUGUGCACUGAGGAGAACUAUGCUUGUGUCCCAAAUGACAUCCUAUUCCCUACAUAGUGCAAUACUUUUAACCAUUGCCUUAUGGGCCCUGGUCCAAUGUAAUGCACUAAGGAUUAAUGCGGUGCCAUUUGGGAUACAGCAUGUCGCACCAGUCUUCAAACCCAUGUAUCAUGUAUGGAGAGAAGGGUUAAUGUGAAUAUAAUACAUUAUUGUACCGUGUACUUUAACAGAAAUAUACAAAAAAAGAAAGGCAUUCGUUAGUUUUCCCAUAACUAUUUUCCAUGAUGACUCAAUGAAAUUACUAGUCGAUGAUCAAUGGAAAAGAGCAGAAACACAAACUAAUCAAUCACGCACCUGCAUUUAAUACUUGAUUAUUGGGUCCCGGAGAACUGAAAAUAUUUGCCUAUUGCAAAGCAAUACACACACAAAGGUCUGCUCUUUUGAACAUUCUGUAAGACUCAUGGUUUGUGUACCCAUUACAAUUGUAUUAUCGGCGUGUUGGCAAAACUAAAGUAGUCUACCCCUUGUCUGACAGUGUAGUGACUAAUCUAACAGUUCACAAUUAACAGCAGGGUUGUGUUCAUUAGGGCACACCAUAGCUAAACGUUUAACAAUAGAAAAUGAAAGUCCAGUUAGUACGCUGCUGUUUCACUCAGUUUUUGAACAUUUGCUUCCAUUUUGUACAUCCUGAAAACAACCCUGGAUGCUUAUUGCUUUUGUGUUCCAGUGACAUUUAUAGUGUGGCCAAUAAAAUUAAUAAUCCUA